GCUUUUUUGGAGCUGACAGGCUGCCACGCAAUAAAUAAAUCAUCAAAAAAAAGCUGCAAUGCAGUGGGGGUCGCAUUCGUGUUCUGCACUCUCAGGCAGCCAGUGCGUGGAUAGAAGACAAGCAUCUCCUUCCUUCCUUUUCUCUCUCAAGGGGUUUUAGGAGACAGCAACAACAGCUUUCUGACUCCAUCCAGAAACAGGGUUAGAUGGCUACAUGGAAGGAUGGAUGCUUUGAUGGAUAGGAGGGACUGAGGCAGAGAGAGGGAGGGAAAGUUUUAAAAGAGGGGCGGGAACAAGAGGAAGCAGGGAACGUGUAACGCGAGCGUGUGAAUGACAGACGCAGAGCAAAGAGAAGAGAAGAGACUCAGGCUGUCAGGAGGAGAGAGACAGAAAGGCCCGAGGGGGAUCAGAGCAGCAGGGCCGCCGAGACGGUGAAAAGAGAGGCAGAGAGUGACAGGCAGACACGGCUUGCCUGCUGGAGAAGUGGAAGAAGGGACACCGGCAAAGGGAAGGAGGAGGAAGAGGGAGUGAACGAGGGAGAAUUUAAAUGUGUGAGACAGACGUGGACUGAAGCCAUCGUCAGCUCAUGGUCUUAGAGCACAGGCAGGGGAGAGGAGGAACAGGAGGAGGAAUAGACUCACACAGGAAAGGGGAGAGAAGGAACGGGAAAGUGGAGAGCUGGUCAACAGUUGUUCCCCUAGAUCAGACGAUGAUGGGGCUGUACUACCAAGCAAUGCUACCGGGCUCUCAGGAUUCGACAGGAGGACAGGAGGGAUUGGUGGCCCCGCCCUUUUCACCGUUCCCCCCUCCACCCCCUCCUCAAAACGGGCUAGCAGGGACAGAGUUUGUCCCAGGGGCCAUGUUUGGUGCUGGGGGCCAAGGCCCAGCAGAGUUGGGGGCUGGUGCUAAUGGAGCCACCACCAAUACCACCAACAACAACGGAAAGACAGAGGAGGUGCCCCAGGGUGAGGCGGGCGUACAGUGCGGCACAGGAGGCUCAGGAUCCGGAGGCUCUGUGGGAGACCCCUCCGAGGCCAAAGGGACCCCCAAACGCCUCCACGUCUCAAACAUCCCCUUCCGCUUCCGGGACCCUGACCUCAGGCAGAUGUUUGGGCAAUAUGGGAAGAUUCUGGAUGUAGAGAUUAUUUUCAAUGAGAGGGGAUCAAAGGGUUUUGGCUUUGUGACAUUUGAGACCAGCGCAGACGCAGAGAAAGCCAGGGAAAAGCUCCACGGCACACUGGUGGAAGGUCGUAAGAUUGAGGUGAAUAAUGCCACGGCCAGGGUGAUGACCAACAAGAAAAUGGUCAGCCCCUACCCUAAUGGAGAGGCUCUCAGCACGCUGCCUUAUGCGGGGUGGAAGCUGAGUCCUAUGAUGGGGGCCGUGUACGGACCAGAGAUCUACGCAGUCCCAGGGUUUCCUUAUCCUUCAGCAGCGGCAGCAGCCACCACAGCAGCCGCAGCGUUCCGCGGUGCCCACCUCCGGGGCCGAGGCCGGCCCGUCUACAGUGCUGUGCGGGCUGCCGUGCCUCAGCCUGCCAUCCCUACCUACCCUGGUGUGGUGUAUCAGGAUGGGUUUUACGGAGCUGCAGACUUAUAUGGAGGCUACCCUGCCGCUGCUGCUGCUGCCGCCGCCGCCGCUUAUCGCUACGCCCAGCCGGCCGCCGUAACCGGAGCAACCGCCGCAGCUGCCGCCUACAGCGACAGUUAUGGCCGCGUGUACACUACAGACCCCUACCACGCUUUAACUCCAGCCGCUGCUGCUUACGGAGUGGGAGCAAUGCAGCAAUCAUUGUCCGUAGAAGGACUCAUGGCACUGCAAGCCAGUUUAUACCGGGCAGGAUACAGUAGGUUUGCUCCUUACUAAAACCACAAAUCGCACCGAGGAAUUUCACAUCGCUCCAAAAACCCUUUUUCAAGCUCUUUGUUUGGCAGCAGCUCCCCUCCAUUUCCUUUUUUUUUUUUGCAGGCGGACUAUAGUUACAACUCGUGUGUUUUGUUUUUGUUUUUCUUAUUAUAUAAUAUAUAUUUUUUCCCGUGGCGAGAGAGAUCAUAUGCCACAUCAUCAACUCAAACUCUGUUUCUGUACUCUGUCUGUCGCCGACGACGCAGAAACGAUGACAAAACUGCCAGGAGUGUCUCCCACAUACAAAGCCGGAGUCUGCUACUCUGAACUACGGGGCACAAAUAGGACUGUUUUUAAAACACUACGGGACCUGGACGGAGAGAGACUGCUGUUCCUGUGUGAUCCUGCACACCCUUUUUUUUCUUCCUAGAAGUUUCUGAACUAACUGUAUAUCCACUGCCCUAUAAGACCUAGUCAGACCUAUGUACACACACUUACAUUGAACACUAAGUAUACGGUUUCCUCUACAUGUUUCUUUUAGCGUUGGCCUGCACACGACGACGCCACAGCACAGUCGUUAACUAUAAAAGGUACUCCUGUUUUUAAACACUACACUGCGUAAAGCUACAGCCCCGUACAGCAGAGACGUCCCUCUGGUUUAGCAUCGUGGUAUGAUAAUGAAACUCGGACUGCUUAUUACGGAAGAUGUAGGAGUCAUUCUUGUCAUGUCAUUUUGUGAAAGCCGGAAUACCGAAACACUCAGCCA